GGCGGGGGGAGGGAGCGCCGGCGCGGCGCUGAGCUAAGCCGAUCCCACGUGUGACGGAUCUGGCUGCUGCCCCAGCGCCUCUCCAGUGAGAUCCUCCGGUAGCGGAGGGAGGAGGAGGAGGAGGAGGAGGGGGGAAGGGAAAAAGGGGCAAAGCAAGCGGAGCGAACCGAGCCGGAGCCGGGCCGGGGGGGGCGGGUUGGGCGGGCGGGGGGGGUUCUCUCAGGGGCUCUCGCUCGGCGCGGCCAUGGAGGCGGACGGGAGCCAGGCUACCUCGGGGAGCCCCGGAGAGGCGCAGCACGACCCCGGCAAGAUGUUCAUCGGCGGCCUCAGCUGGCAAACCUCACCAGACAGCCUUAGAGACUAUUUUAGCAAAUUCGGAGAAAUUAGGGAGUGUAUGGUCAUGCGGGACCCCACAACCAAGCGCUCCAGAGGCUUCGGGUUCGUUACGUUCGCGGAUCCGGCGAGUGUAGACAAAGUCCUGGCUCAGCCGCACCACGAGCUGGACUCCAAGACGAUUGACCCUAAAGUUGCGUUUCCCCGACGAGCACAGCCCAAGAUGGUCACAAGAACAAAGAAAAUAUUUGUAGGUGGAUUAUCAGCUAAUACAGUAGUGGAAGACGUGAAGCAAUACUUUGAACAGUUUGGCAAGGUAGAGGAUGCCAUGCUCAUGUUCGACAAGACGACCAACAGGCAUAGAGGAUUCGGCUUCGUAACCUUUGAGAACGAAGACGUGGUGGAAAAAGUCUGUGAAAUUCAUUUCCACGAAAUCAAUAAUAAAAUGGUAGAAUGUAAGAAAGCACAACCUAAAGAAGUGAUGUUUCCACCAGGSACGAGAGGAAGGGCACGUGGAUUGCCGUACACCAUGGACGCUUUUAUGCUUGGGAUGGGAAUGUUGGGUUACCCGAAUUUUGUUGCAACAUAUGGCCGAGGAUAUCCUGGAUUUGCCCCAAGUUACAGUUAUCAGUUCCCAGGUUUCCCAGCAGCGGCUUAUGGACCAGUAGCAGCGGCAGCCGUGGCAGCAGCAAGAGGAUCAGGUAGGGGGGCCCGUGGAAGAGCAAACCCUCAGAGUGCAGGGUCAGUCUUGAAUAGCUACAGUGCUCAACCGAAUUUUGGCGCACCCGCUUCCCCGGCAGGCUCCAACCCAGCGCGGCCGGGCGGCUUCCCCGGCGCCAACAGCCCCGGGCCCGUGGCGGAUCUCUACGGCACGGCCAGCCAGGACUCCGGCGUGGGGAACUACAUAAGCGCCGCCAGCCCUCAGCCGGGCUCGGGUUUCGGACACGGCAUCGCCGGACCUUUGAUUGCAACGGCUUUUACAAAUGGAUACCAUUGAAACGUUACACAUGGUUGGUUGCCAUCUCACUUGGAGAGUCUCUCUGGAUGUCCGGGCAAGACGGGGCGAAGUUUCUGAAGGGGCCCACGGUUUUGGGUGAUCUCAUCAGACUUUGAGCACUACAUCAUCAUCAUCAUCUUCAUCAUCAUCACCGCCAACGCAAACUGGAGGUGGCACUCGAAGGACUUGGGUUGUUUAAAAUCUCUCUCAUCAUCUCAUGAAUCUGCUGUACUAUAAAAACAACAGCUUUUAAAAGUAUGUAUAUAAAACCCAUUUCUUGUUCGUUUUAUUUUCUCGAUGGGUUUCCCUCCCCUCCUUUUCGAACCCCUCCGAACCCACAUUUUUUCGUAGCGUUUUUUGACAUAGUCUCGUAGCCACGUAGUCGGAAUUCUUUGUGUAUGUAGCGAGAGCCUAACCAUAGUGUAACUGUUAUAUUAAGGGGUUUCUUUUGCUUUUCUUUCCCACCUCCCCUCCUCCUCCUCCUCCUCCUCCUCCCUUCUGUUUUACGUAGUUGUUGUUGCUUAAAGGAUGCUGAGAUGGUGACAGGAGCCUCGGCCGCCGGUCCCAGCUCGGUGGCGGGGGAGCGGAGCCGGCGGCGGGCACGGGGGGCUGGCAGGGCACGGGGAGGGGGGAGCAACAGGUUCUCUGGCCCUUCUUUUCCUUUGUGGCGUCUUGGUUACUCUAAUUCUCUCUAUUUUCGGCAAUAAGGCGAGGGCGACAAACUUUUUGCGCGUCCUUUUUCUAUAKAAGUGCUUUUUUUUGUUGAAAGAGGUGAUAUAAGGUUUUUUGAAAUUGUGAAUUCUGAAAAAAAAAAAAAGAAAAAAAUAAUAAAGUGCUGUAAAUAUAAUUCCAUUAACUACAUAGAAACUAUUAAGAAAGAGAAAUACAAACCUAUUUUUGUGAUGGAGUCAGCCUAAGGCAGUUUCUCUAUGGAAAUGGAUGAGAAAAGACAAGGAAGUUGUAGCCUUUCAGAGUGACUGCUGGAGCUGGUCCAGGGGGGGUUGUGAUGCUGUGGGACCCUCCCAGUUUGCCCAGUUCAUACCAGCAGCUUCGCUCAGACGUGCACAGCUUACAAAGGAACAGUCUAGUGGUAUUUUUAUUUUAAUUUAAAAGCCUGCUUUUCCCAAAACUGAUCAAGAAGCUACGAUUUUUCCUACUUAACGCAUUUACGGUUCAAAGCACACAUUUAUUUUUAUUUUUUUGUUUUGGUUUAUUUUUUUUKGKUUUUUUGGUUUUKUUUUAGUCAUUAUUUUAAACUAGAUCAACUUGCUGUCCAGUCAUUUCAGCUGCUCUGGGCACCCCGUGCAGCCCGGGGUCCUCCCCGCUGUGGGCAGAGCAGCGUCCAGCUUGCAUGGUUUCCUUUAUUAUCCAUCACUUUCUGUAUUAACACAUUAGAAAGCAACUUUGGUUGGUUUUGAGUUCUUUUUUUUUUUUUUUUUUUUUUUGGGAAUACCUCAGUGCUACAAGUUUCACCCUAGAAGCAACGGAAGAUUUUAAUUUAUUGUAGUUGUAAACAGAAUUUAAAAGAAAUAAAGUAUAAAACAUCAUUGCACUGUGACUGGUAGGGGAAAAACUGACAGUUUCCUAUUUGCACAUGUUUAAUAUUUGGCUGUUAUAUAUAUGGUCCUCUGUUGGGGGAGGAAACUUAUGAAGGAUAUUUUUUAAUUUAAUUUUUUUAAUAUUGGUAAAUAGGCCUGCAACAGCAAACUAGAAGUACAACAUGGUAGGUGGCAUUAAGAACAUACUGUAGUGUGGAUAUAUUUCUUCUUUUUUUAACGUAAUAUUGACAAGUUUUAUUAAUAUUUUUUUAAAUUGUUACGUUUAUAAAUUUGGUACUUUAGGUACAGCCAGUAUAAGACACUGAAUGCGACAUUUGUUAAAAAGAGCUGCUGCACUCCUAUUUUUGUAAAUUUUACUAACAAGUAGACUAAUGUAGACAUUCAAUAGACAAGGUAGAGCAAGGCAUCUUUAACAAAACAAGGCACCAUACUGCUAACCGAAAGGAGAAAACCUUGUUUUUCUUGUUUUUUAAAAAAAAUCAUGCUUUUUAUGUAAUAUUUUAGGUUUUUUUCUUAUUUCAGAACAACCAGGUUUAAGCAAAAUGCUGGACGCUUUUUAAAUAUUGAGACUUGAUCAAGUAAUAAAAGAAAUAAAACUGAAUUCUUUAAAAAAUAAAAAGGUAAAAAAAAAAAAAAGACGAUGAACCAAAUUCCCUGCGAUUCAAUGUGCCGUCAGGGAAUUUUUUAUUGCUAUUUUGUCAAUGUUGAUGAUGUACUGUACUACCAGUUGGUUUUCCUCUCCAUUCCCUGUCACCUCAUAGAAUAUUCUUUGUUGAUCAUUGUUGUAUGUUAAUAGUGUAUAAAAUGGCUUAUCUUGUAAGAGUGCUGUCCUGAUGGUAGUGUAGUGAAUUUUUCCCCCCCUCUUCCUCUCUUCCUCUUCUAGUACAUAUUGGUAGGUGUAUCGUAAUUAAGGUUAAAAAUUUAGAUGUAGUUAUUCAGAUUUAGGACCAGUAAGGAUAGAACUUUCUCUUAUUUAAGAAACAAAAAAAAAAUGCUAAUAAUUUUGGGAAGGUUUUCCUGUUUUGUUUUGUUUUUUUCCUCUUCUCUUUUCUUUCUGUGCUUUUUUUUUCUCUUGUUUAUUAUUUUUCUUUUGCUGAUCUGAUGCGGUUUCAACUAACCAAAGGUCUCACAAUGUUAAAAAUGCUGGCAAACUCUUAAGGCAUUUGUAGAUCCCCACCCUUGACUUUGGAAAGGGGAUGUGCCAUACUACCUUAAAUGCUAAUGCUAGAUAUGCAAAACUGGAUUUUUUUAAUUUAUUUUUUAAAAGAGGGAGGCACGGUAUAUUAAAACGAUUUUACUAAGAGAAAAAAAAAACAUAUUUUUUUAAGAAUGCUCAGAAGAAAUUGCUAAUCUGUGUGAAUAUGUUUUAGAUGUUUAUAUACCUUUUGAGAAGUCCCAGUGGCCCAUAGCACAAAUGUCGUGGAAUCCAAGAUGUUUUGAUGUGGCUACCUAGACUAAGGUUCACGUUAGUCCCCCACUCAUCUAGAAAUCCAUUUUGAAGGAUUUUUAUUUUCAUUUUCUUCGUUCAUUUGGGGGUUUUUUGUAAAUUUUUUAGAACACAAAGGUUCAGCUCCACCUUUGUUUUACUCAAGCCCAGCGAGCGAAGGACGGUGGAGUCACRGACUGGUUUGGGUUGGAAGGGACCCUAAAGYCCAUCUGGUCCCACCCCUCCUGGGGUCACCUCCCACUGUCCUGGGGUGCUCCAAGCCCUGUCCAGCCARGGACAGAGGGUCCAYRGCCAUCCCUCACCCCGAGGGACGGUGCCCUUUGCUUUCCAGAUCUCCCACAUGGGCCCUCUACCCCCGGGGUGACCAAAACGAGGGAUUUCCACCACGCUGGGUGACCUGGGCACCCAAAGCACACCAGAGACCUUUCCACGGAGCCWCCAGAGCUCGGGGACCCUCCCCCUUCCAAAAUAACCCAAGUCCUUUGGGAUCGGCUUGAUUAAAGCGAAGCCUGAUCUGYCCUUUGGGGUUUUUAUUUUUUCUUACACUUCAUAAAUGUUCAUUUUGAGUUGAAUUUGUAGCUUGGACUUUAAGGUAGCAUGGCUCUCUUUGCUGUAAGUUGAUUUUUUUUCCAUUGUACAGCAGCGUCUGCUGGUGAAUGUCACA